UUUUGACGUGAAUGUCAAGGAAAAAAUCUUGAAAUUCACAAUUGCGAUCAUCCAUUUUUCAUUUCUGAAAUUUCCAUUGAGUUUUUGUGUGCAAUUAUAAGAAAAGACGGAAAUAGACUUGACUGAUCUAAAUUUUGCAGGGCCUUAACUGUGAAUAAGGAAUUUAUACUUUGAAAUGGCAGUGAAACAAUCUACCACCGAAAAUGAGGAAAAAUAUCCCAUCAGCAGAAUACUGGAUUUUAUCAACGAGCAGGAACAGAGAGCGUUAAUUAUUCAAGACUAUUCGAAAAUUGCUCUCCGGAUUGUGGAACUAUUAGGAUGCAUUGAUCAGCCGAAACAGGAACACAUUAAGCAGAUUGCCGUGGUUGAUGAAUUCCUGAACAAGAUUUCCGAGCAAGUUGACAUUAUCAAAAUAUGUUCCAUCGGACUUCAAGGUGUACUAAUAAAGGAUAAUCCGUCAGCUGUUGCCGGAAUUAUUUUGCAUCGAUUGGAGAUGGUGAGAAUGCCUAAAUUCUAUGUCAUCUUUCCCGAUGAGCAGCACAUGAGAAAAGCGCUGAACAAUCUGUUUUCUUGGAUGCGAUUCACGUUCUUCAUUCGGAAUCUAGACAAAUGGAUACUGAAAGUACUGAGCGACUUACAGGAAAACAAAAUGUAUUCUAUCCUGUUGGAUGUCGCGAGUAAGCACAUCAAACACAUUGCAUUAUGUAUGGUGCUCCCAGUUACUCAAAGUCAAGCGGAGCCGAUAUUUUUCAACGUUCUGACAUCAGUUCAGCACACGUCAACCAUUUUCGAUUUACUCAAAAGCAAAAUCCCUUGUAUGCUGUCGAAUCUUCGUAACUAUCCGGCUUUGCAACAACGGUUGGUUGACACAGUCAAAGCAUUGAUUGAUCAUUUCAACACGUUUCCAGAUCAUCAGAAUUAUUCUGAUUUGGACAACAUAAUAUCAAAAAACUAUUCUGUGUCCAGUAACUAUAAGCAACAAUUGGAAAUACAACCAUGGCAUGACACGUCUCCAAUCUAUCAAUAUAUAACGACUAACGCGCGCGUUGGCUUAGAGAAUUUGGGAAAUACUUGCUACAUGAACAGCAUUUUACAGGCCCUCAUGCUCACGAAACACUUUCGUCAAGAAAUGUUGUUCAUCGAAAUCCAAUCGAAUUUAUUCGAAUUGAUUCAAAGACUCUUAGCCCUAUUAUUGCAUUCCAACCGGCCGGCACUGUCACCGGACAUGAUCCUGAAAGCGGCUUGUCCACCAGCUUUUCAUGAAGGCCAUCAGCAGGACUGUUCGGAAUUUCUCGGUCAUUUACUGGAAUCCUUGCACACACAAGAGAAGUCAUAUCAGAGUUCGUCAACCAAACAAUUGCAAAUUCGUACGAAUCAUGUCGAAUAUUCGGAUGUGUGUGGGUCGAGUGCUGGUACAGAUUCAACAGCACCGUUGAGUCCGAAUGAGUUACAGGUGGAAACACCUCGGACGUUGGUUCAGAAAACGUUCGAUGGAUCGAUAUCGAUUGUCUACAAGUGCCUUAAUUGCGGUACGACCAGUAAACAGAAUGAUUCAUUUCGAGAUUUGCACCUGUCUUUUCCGGACACUGAGACGAAUUCCAAGCAUCAAUAUUCCAUUGAGGAUUUACUGGACUACUACUGUUCGAUGGAACGACUGGACGCCGACAAUAAAUACUUUUGUGACAUUUGUAAAAUGUUAUGCGACGGCGAACGAACAAUCAACAUUGUCAAUCCGCCCCGCUACUUGGUGUUGACACUAAAAUAUUUCAAAUACGACAAAAAGAUCAACAUGCGCACGAAAUUAACACAUAACGUCAAUCACAAUCCGAAGAUAUCGGUAAAGGUAUUGUCUGAAGAUGGACUCAGCGAGCACUUUGUCCAGUACCGUUUAUACGCAGCGGUCGUUCAUUCUGGCGUUAGUAUGGAUUCGGGACACUAUUUCACAUACGGAUCAGAUCAACCGGACGAUGGCGAUGGACGGUGGUAUAAGUUUAACGAUAGUUUUGUUACCGAAUGCAAUAUUACGGCAUUGAAAAGUCUCCGAUCGCCAAACACACCAUACGUACUAUUUUACGAACGUGAAUAUGAGAGCGAUCACUCAGCUGCCACUACACCAAAUAAUUGUGAUGACAGCAACAACUAUCCGUCUCUCAACGACUUGCCCACACGAUUGCGGACAUAUGUUGAUUACGAAAAUAAUCGGUACGAGAUGGAGAAACGGUUACGUCAACCGAAAUUCGGUGCUGUAAGCAAUUUCACCAACAAUUUCUCGUCGGACAAUGACGAUGAUCAACCACCACCGCCGAGUUCUUGUGGAGGAAAUUCGUUUGAUAUCGGAAGUCCUUACAUCUUAUGAACCCAUUCAUUGUUAUAAUUUUCAUCUGAUUUUUGUUUCAUCAUCGGCUAAAUAAAAAAAAGAAAAAUUUUCUUAUCCAAGUUAAUCCACCAUCAUCGACACCAUAACUAUUAAGGUUUACAAUUUAAUUUAUUUUUGUUUUCCAACUCAUGAAUCCUUUUGUAAAAUGCAAUUCGUGAAGUUUUGUUAAACCGUAGCAGACGUUCCUUAUGUUUACAUUCUAAAAAAAAUAAACGUUUUAUGGAUUAAAACAA